AUGAGCUAUGGCUAUGACUCUGCUAUCAGCGUGCCAACACUGAUCGGUAGCCUUCUUUCCUGCCUUGCCACCAGCUGUGUCCUCGUAUCCUAUCUCUUCCUCGCGCCCCAGCAGCCUUCCUUCCGACACGCUCUCGUCUUCGCUCUUGCACUGACCGAAUUCAUCAACUCGCUCAACAACACCGUAUCCGGCAUCUAUGUACUUGAGCAUCGGCAUGGAAUCGCGCCUGGUGUAGCUUGCCAGCUCAACGGCUUUAUCGGCCAGCUAUCUGUACAAGUAUGCCAAACCAUCCCCCAGCACCAGCAGCCUUACGCUGACGCCCGACGCUCCAAGGCUACAGACUUUUCCAUUCUUACCAUUACCCUCAUUACUUUCUUUACUGUCAUCAAGAACAGCUACAUCUCUUCGGCAUCUCGGUUGUGGAAAAUAGUGACGUGUGUGUUGGUAUGGAUUGUCCCCCUAAUAACAAGUAGCAUAGCCGCAAGUUCCGACGCAAUACAGCCGGUUGGUGGCAAUUGGUGCUGGAUUCCGAAGGAUCGCACGGUCCUGCGUUAUGCUUUAGGCCAUGGCUGGCGUUUCGGCAUCAUCGUCGCAACGAUAUGCAUGUAUAUUUGCAUGUAUUUCUACAUCCAGCACCAUUUCUCCAGCAGCAACGCCUUCGUCGAUCCAAUCUCGACGUCUCCACCCGGUCGCUAUCUGGCAACAAUAGAAGCCGAUUUGGCGAAGCCACGGCCAGCUGUGAUGCGAAGGGCCACGGAACCGAAGGACCUCAAGAUGAUUGCUGAACUCGACAAAGCAGUUAGCCAACGUCUUACCGAACACGUCGAGACGACCCAGCGUAGCAUUAGUGCCAUCGUCCCAGCACACAUGGAUGAUACCACCGCCACUACCUCCCUAGACAUGACAAGCCCCAAGGUUGACGCCGACGCAUCAGUUGCCCGCAACUCGGUGCUCACCAUCGACAUCCCCCGCCACAGCCUUGAGCUGCUUCGCGAGAAGCCGUCGCAAACACUGACCAUCGACACAUCCAUUACACCGUCAAGCCCACCACCUCGAGAGCUGUUUGACUCGCCCACUUCGAUUCGCACACACAUGCAACAACAGUCCUUCAACCGCCACGCACAGGUUGGGCGAGAAGUGCGGCGUAUGCUUCUGCUCAAUGCCUAUCCCGUGGCAUGGGUAGUACUGUGGCUGCCUGGGAUUGCAAACAGACUCGUCGAGGCGGCUGCCGGAAGCUCGCCACGCUGGUUGCGCAUCAUGCAGAGCACGACACAAGCGAGGAGGGAUGGAAAUGAAGGAUAUGGUUGGUCGUGGAGAAGAGGUAUGGUCUGA